GUCGCUCCUUCCGACCCUACCACACACUCGUUACUAACUGGCUGUGCCUUGAAGAAUAUACUCAUACUCAUUCACCAAUAUGUUCUCUGCUGCAUUCGCAGUCUGUGUCCUGCAACUCUUCGCCGUGUUGGUUGCAUCCGCGCUACCUCUGAAGGCUCUUAUCAAGCGAGACGACUUCCAAGGCGACGCGACGUAUUACGAGACCGGCACGGGGGCUUGUGGAUACAACGACAGCGAUAGCGAUCCCAUCGUAGCCAUCUCACAUCUCAUCUAUGGCGAUGGCAGUAAUUGUGAUCUGUGGAUUCAAAUCACCAACCCCUCCAAUGGUCAAACACAAUACGGACAUGUCCGUGAUGAAUGCGAGGGUUGCGCACAAUAUGACAUUGAUCUGAGUCCGUCACUGUUUCAAAGCCUUGGGGAGGAUCUGUCUGUCGGCCGGUUCGAAGUGAAUUGGCAUUACAUGGAUAAGGACUUUUCCCCGUGAGUGGGCUCAUGUUGCUUGCGUUGCUAGCCAAAUGAAUGGGCUAUAUUCAAUCAGUAACGCAUCAAUGUAUCACACUGGUAGUUGUGUUUAAAUCCGAGAUCUUGGUCGUCCUGUCCGGUC